AUGGAAAAGCAAAGCAGGACACCCUCUUCAGUGGCCGCUGCAGCAGAGUUGGUGGGAACUUUUAUCUUAGUGUUUGCCGGGUGUGGAGGAAUUAUGGUGGAAGCCAGAGAUGAAGUCUUAACUUACGUUGGGGUUAACGCUAUUUUUGGGCUGGUUAUAAUGGCGAUGAUAUACUCUUUGGGACAUAUCUCUGGUGCUCACAUAAAUCCUUCUGCCAGUCUUGCUUUCUCAGCCGUGGUAAGACUUUCUGUUAAGGAGCUGCCCAUUUAUAUUGUAUCUCAGAUUGCGGGUGCCACAGCAGCUGCAGCUCUACUCCAUGAAAUAAUUACAAACACAUCCAUUAAUGUUGCUGUCACUGUUCCUGUGGGAAAUCCUUUUGCAUCACUGCAUGGUCAAAAGGCAGGGAUUGCUGUGGGUGGUAUAGCAGCUUGUAAUGGUUUAUUAGCUGGGUAUGCAUGGACUCUCUCAGGAUGUUCGAUGAACCCAGCAAGAUCGCUGGGCCCUGCACUGAUAGCAGGCAAGUAUAACGAUCUCGGGGUAUAUAUUGUUGGACCUGUUUCUGGUGCCAUUUGUGGAGCUUGGUUCUAUAAGGCUAUUACUAUAGCCUAA